GGAUCCGUGGCCUCUCCGCCCAACUUGACGACGUCAGGUUCGGACAUGCGUUUCCCCACUGGGGGCAGUGGCCCACGAGGUUAGGAGCUACUCUUCGGACAUGGUGAGCAUACGUAUUUGUCUGCAUUCUUCUGAAGCACAUCUCAGCGCCUCGAACAUGCCGGAGCGACUUUGCGUUCUUAUCCAACAAUGGAAUCUCUUCCGGCUCUCGAACCAUUAGUAGGCGUCAACCGGAGUUCCCCAGUCACAGUCCCAGUCCUCUCCUCGGUCCUUCGUAUGACAGGUGCUGCGUGGCUGGAGUGCCUUGCCUUCCACGAGGUGGGGGAUUGACGUGGUUAGAUUCUCGGAAGCCUUCUUUCCAGUGCACUCGACGCGCCUCUUCGGUCACGAGUGUACCUCAAGGCGCGGUGGUUCUGUCAUGAGCGCGUAUGAGUGCCACCAGCCGUACGGUGUUGACCUGUGCCGGACUCAGGCUGGACUCUUCCCUGUUUCAUACCGAGCGAGUAUGUGUCGGACUCGGUCGUGGACUUCGCUAGCCAGCCAUCGGAGCAGCAUUGUGCGGUGGCAUGACGUUAAGCACCCCAAUAUUUGGCGGUCAAGUAUCUAUAAAAACUGGGUAGUUCACGGCCUACCUUCUCAGCAACUUUCAACGUCGCUUUCAGUCAGCCAGCCCCUCAUCGACCCGCUCUAUCGUUGUGUCCAUUCUACCGCAGUUUCACACCAUGUCGUACGUUCCUACUACGAGCAUUGUCCAGAAGUUGGUCGCGUACUUCACGGAGAACCCGGACUUCAAGACCGCUUUCGAGCAGUCUUUCCUGAUGGCCCACGCCACCGGCCUGAAGGAAUUCGACACGUUCAACAUCCACUCCGUCGAUGGCUACAUCAGAUUCAUGGAUGACUUCGUUCACUGGAAGCCGACCGAGGACUACUCCGGCAAAAACGUGUACUACCAUAUCUGCAUGUUCUACUUCGUUCUUGACCUCCCUCCUGUUCGCGAUCACCAGAGCCCCAUCGACCCUGCGUCGCGCAGCCCGUGGCGCUGGCUGUCGGACUGGCUCAUCGAGUACGCUCAGGAGAUGGGGCUUUGGAUGGACAAACCGGAGUCUAUCGACGAGGAAACCAUUCAGACCUUCGCGGACUCCCUGGCUUACCGCGACACCCCUGAGACCGACUUCUUCGACCAAUACCCCCGUCCAUCCGGGGGAUGGAAGAACUUCAACGACUUCUUCGCACGUCACAUCAACCCCACUUUCCGUCCCAUUGCUGACCGCGACGACCCCACCGCCAUCGUCUGCCCCGCCGACUGCUCCUUCGACGGGCAGUGGCCGAUCAACGAGGACACUGCGGACGUGACCACCUUCGACGUCAAGGGCGUCCCGUGGAGCAUCAGCCAGCUGCUCGAUGACGAGGCCUCCGGGACCUACUACGGACCCGCCUUCGCUGGAGGAGUCUUCACGCACUCCUUCCUCAAUACGACCGAUUACCACCGCCAGCACGCGCCUGUCUCGGGCCGCGUCCUCGAGGCGAAGGUCAUCCCCGGCCUCUGCUACCUCGAGGUCGUCCUCAAGGAGGCCGACUCGAAGACCCCGGGGGGCCGGCCGCACCUUGGGAUGCACCGCCAAAUCAGACCCAAGAAGGACGACUCUCGCGUCGUCUCCCACCAGGAGGCCAUCCGCCGGAACGCAAACCGCUCCCAGAAGGUCUCCGCGGAGCUCGUGCCCGACGCGCCCGACUCCCCCGGCUACCAGUUCAUCCAGGCCCGCGGGCUCAUCCUCAUCGAGAGCGACAUCGGGCUCGUCGCCGUGCUGCCGAUCGGCAUGGCGCAGGUGUCGUCGGUGGUGCUGAGCGUGAAGAAGGGCGACUACGUCGAGAAGGGCCAGGAGAUCUCGUGCUUCCAGUUGGGCGGGUCGGACAUCGUGAUGGUGUUCCAGAAGGAGGCGAAGGUCGUGUUGAACCAGGAGAUGAACACGCACUACAAGUUUGGUAGCCGCAUUGGCACUGGCCAGCCCGUCCCCAAGCAGACCGCCGCCUAGAUCGAGUCGCAGCCAGCGGCUCUAAGCCUGACCGUGAUGUAUAAGUAGCGAUUCAAGAACCUUGCUCGAUAGUACCUGCUCAUCUUUCAUGUACGAAGAUACGAAUGACAUGCCUGACUACCC